AUGAACUUGAUCAAACUCACCAUAGCUCUCAUGAUCAAUACGGCUUGCGGUCUCGUGGCAGCUGAAGUCAUCAACUUCUAUACUAAUGAGAUCAGAAGUUUCAGUUGUGGCCCAUCAGAGGUGGCACUUUGCAUUGUGACCCGGUACAAAAAGCCGAAUGACCGAAGCUCUCCUCCGGAUUAUUACCUUAUGGAUACCGCUGUGAGGGUCAAACCGGGCUUCUACAACUGCGGUGUGACGACUGCCAGAUGUUGUGGCGCCAACUUGCAAUAUCAGAAUAUGCAGACCGGAGACUCCCAGAUGAUGCAAAAUCUGGCUGACACCUUCUGCCCGACGCGAGUAUCUUAUGUCGAGCCCCCAAAGAAACCAAGAACACGCCAGUGA